UACAUUUCCGCUGGUUGUCUCACACGCUCGCGCUCCUUUGGCGUUGGGAUAAUCGCAUUUAGCCUUGAAAUGUGUGUUUGUGUGGUUCUUAUGACAACUUAAAAAAGUAUUUUAAGGUCUUUUCGUGCAUGUUGUUUGUGAAGAUGUUGAAAUACAGAAGUGGUUACAAUGGUUCUUAAAACCACAAAAAAGAGGUCGGACUAUUUAUUAGUUGUCAAGAAAACCUGAGAAUAAUAGCUGCUAUGAUCAUUGUGUCUCGACAUUGUUAAUACUAGGUCGAUUUAAAAUGUAAGUUUUGCAAUCAAAAUUUUCGUCAACUUGUAUCGUCAGUUCAAAGUGGUGUGCAAAAUUGAUACUUCAAUUAAAAAAUUGAAAUUAUUUGUUGGCAAGUUGAAUAAAAAUUCACGUAAUAUACAUUUGUAUUCGAUAUAAAGCGAAUAUUGACGCAAUAACUAUGGGAAUAUUCCUUUAAAAGAAAGUGUAUUGAAACUUCAUGUGCAAACAAAUAUUUAGUGCAUAAAAAAACUUAUUUGAACCAACUACAAAACCAACCGUAACUUGAAAUAGCUAUGUGAAAACUAACAGCAACUAGAAAAUAUUACCUAUGACAACUGACAUACCGGAAGCAGGUGAUACUUCUUCCUCUGACUACAGUAGUUACGACAUGACUACAGGAGCAUGGGAAAGUACACCUGAAGACAUAACAACAGCAUCAAAAAUGACAGCGGCGAGUACAACCGGUUCUCCCGAAGCAGCUGAAGAUGACGAUUUUAUAUAUCUUGCAAUGGCUGCCAUCGGUGGAACCGUAGUUCUAAUUAUAGUUCUUGUUAUAAUCGCUUUCAUCGUAAAGUCCAGGCGUACAAGGAGACACAAUUUGCGGGUAUAUACGGAACGUCGUGAAAGACCACUAACUGUAAGUUUAGACCUAAUUGACAGGGAGGAGCACGUACCGGAAGCUGUAAAUGGGGUGCAAAACGCCAUUUACAGCCAAGACACAAUACUUCCUAUUGCUGUAUUUGAAAGCCAGGUACAAGAUCAGACUUCCGGUCAACAUCCUAGACCCGUUCAGUUAGUGGGAACCAAUGGCGCAAAAAAGGGUGAAUUAUGUGAUGUACAGGGCGUUAACAGUUCCGCACAGCAAAAUGAAACCGUUGCUCUUGCCUCUACCCAAAAUGAAACUAUUGCCUCCACAGCUGUUGUUUAUGAAAAUACCAAGUUCUCAAAGCAGGGUCUGCUGACCGCCAGCGAUAAGCCAAAGCAAUUAAGUAUGCCAAAUUUAAAUGAUGAAACCAAAUUUUCGCUUCAGAGGCGACACAAUUCCCAAAAACAUGCUAAAACAGUGUCCAUUAACAGUGAUUACGAAACUGCUUUUCCUGUUUUCCCUGUUUUGAACAACAAAGGCAAAGCUGAGAUUGAAAACGUUGAUAAAUGUGACGGAAAUGUCGGAACUGACAGAACUGAACUUCCGAAUGAUUCAAAUAAGUGUUCAACAAACGAAGAACAUAAAGAUGUGGUAGAGAUAUAUUCUGUGAAAGAAGACACAAAUAUCUCUAAAACAAGACAUGAAAAAAUAAAACCGAAAGUUAAACCGAAACCAAAUGUUAAAAGACUUGGUAAUAUCUCCAGCAACGUGUUAAGCGCUGAAGUGCAAACGAAAGACGAACCGCACGAUUAUGAAAAUUCUUUAGCAAAGAUAAAAAGGACGAAAUUUAAGGAAGCAAAGUUAUUGAAGACAGUACCACCUCCGUGCAAUACAAAUACUUAUGUGAAUGUACCGGAGAGCAAGUCAAAUGUUUCUACUUCAAAAAAUUCGUCAAGGAGACAAUCGAGUGAGUAUGUUAAUGUACCUGAAAAACGAUCGACUAAUUCUGCUUUGGAGCAUUCGGUGCAGAGACAGUCAAGUGGAUACGAGAAUGUGCCCGACAAACUCUCGAUUAAUCUGAUUCCUGAGGAACCCUUAAAAAGACAGUCAAGUAGUGAAUAUGAGGAUGCCGGAUGUGUUUCUAGACUUCAAAAACUUGACAAAUGCAUUACUUCUUUGGCUGAGAUUAACUUUAAGGAAGAAAAUGAAAAACAUAAGAAACAAGAAGAUUCUAAACAUAGCGAGCCAAAGCUCAAGGAAUUAGGAACAAGACCUAAAUAUAGUGUUUUAAAAUCUCAAUUACCAGUGCCAAAAGCUAAGCAAUAUGGGUCAGAAUAUAAACCAGUUAAGUUAAAAAUGAGAUUCAGUGAGUCAAAAGCGAAGUUGGGCGUGCCUAAACCAGAUUAUGCAAAUUCUGCGGAAAGAGGACGGUCACUUUCUGAAAAUCCUGACAGAAAAGCCGUCGACUAUGAAAAUGAAGACAUGUUUAAUGCAUUGAAAUCAUCAUUAAAGAAGCAAGGUAAACGCGGAUUUAGCACAUCUUCACUGGAAACUUGCAGGCAAGAUAAGAUGCGGAGAACAGGUCAAAUGAACACGCCAGAAGCAACUGCUCCCAAUGCUUGUAAAAUAACGGAUGACGAUCCAUACCUAAUGAUGGAUGCUGGGAACAAUGGUGAGGAUCUAUAUUUACGGAUGGAUUCACAAAAUGAUGACAUAUACAUGCCAAUGGUCACUCCUAAAGACGAUGACGAGUAUAUGUCGAUGGAAAACAAUUAUUCUUAUCCGAGACCAGCGAGAGGCAAAAAGUUACUCUCUGAUAGUUCUAAUAAGGAUGAAGACGUACGGUUUGCUAGAUGUUAUCAGACAUGUCCAAAACCUUGUGGUGGGGUGCGCAGUGCAGCAUAUGACAACUUCUCCGAGCAGCCAACAAGAUACGCAAAUUUCUUCAGGUCUCGAAGCACAGAUAAUGUUUAUUCUUACGUAGGCUCAAAACCAUUUAUUAGGUACUCGUGAAGAAUAAGACACACCGAAGCACAGAUAAUGUUUAUUCUUACGUAGGCUUAAAACCAUUUAUUAGGUACUCGUGAAGAAUAAGACACAUCGAAGCACAGAUAAUGUUUAUUCUUACGUAGGCUCAAAACCAUUUAUUAGGUACUCGUGAAGAAUAAGACACACCGAAGCACAGAUAAUGUUUAUUCUUACGUAGGCUUAAAACCAUUUAUUAGGUACUCGUGAAGAAUAAGACACAUCGAAGCACAGCUAAUGUUUAUUCUUACGUAGGCUCAAAACCAUUUAUCAGGUACUCGUGAAGAAUAAGGCACAUUGAGUACAUCAGUUCUUUUUAACACAAGUCUGAAUACUAAAGAAAGACUUAAUAUUAUAAUUGAGCGAAGAAGGCUGCGUAUUAUAUGCUGUUGUUGGUAAUGUUGUUGUUGUAUUAUAAUGAUUAUAUGAAUAAGACUAAUUUUAUAUCAGAUUCGUUAAAGGCAUGAUAAGGUUUUGUUUGACUUUAAAAGUUGUCGGAUUAAAUGAAAUAUACAAAAUGA